GUUUGUUUCUUUUGAGGAGGGUUUUUUUUGUGGCUCAAUGUAAAAAUCCACAAAUUCUCUGAGAAAAAAGUAAAAUUUUUCUGGUCAAGUAAUUAAACUUUUAACAAUGGCGGAUUCAGUUCUUCAAUCUCCAAAGAACCCACAUUUCUUCCAAGCUCUACUUCCCGGAUUCGACUCCUACCUCAAUAUUCCUGUAACCUUCUUUUUGAAGCACCUCCAAGGAAUAAACAAACAGGAGACGGCGAAAUUGAGAACGGACGUUUCAGAUACAGUCUGGGAAUUGAAAAUUGAAGAUGGCCGGAGACUCAAUGGUUGGAAAGAAUUUGUCACAGCACAUGAUCUUCGUAUUGGUGAUGUCAUUGUUUUCAGACACGAAGGAGAUUUUGUGUUUCAUGUCACUGCAUUGGGACUCAAUUGCUGUGAGACUGAAUAUAGUACUUCAUCUCAUAGCAUUGAUGAUGAUUGUGAUAAUCAUCAGGAUAACAUUGAAAUCAGACCAAUGAAGAAGAGAGUGAAGAAGAAUCCAAGGAGAGAAGAAGAUUCUUCAUCAGAGCAUUCUUGUUUUGUAGCAAAUGUCUGUCUCAAACCUCCAGGAAGAUAAAGUGUAUGUUCCAGUGAGUUUUGCGAGGUCAAAUGGUUGGACCAAAGCAUGUGGUAAGGUUGUUCUUCUUAACGAAAUGGGAAGAUCAUGGAACUUAAGCUUAGAUCACGACAAAUCCGGCAUCAAAACUUAUCUCAGACACGGCUGGAGAAGCUUCUGCAAUGCCAAUGGAAUGAACCGAGGUGGCCAUACUUUCAAACUUGUCCAAAAUUCAGGAAUGCCUGUGAUCCGUUUGUGCCAAGCAGGAUGUAAACCAGACGCUGAAUCCUCCUCGUCAGAUUGUUCAUAUUUUGCGGGAUCUCUCACGCCUUCGAGCUUUAAUAAAGAUGCGCUGUAUCUUCCAAAAGGGUUUGUGAGCUCAAAUGGUUUAAAUAAAGAAUGUUGUGAUGAGAUGGUGCUGAAGAAUGAAUAUGGUAGAACAUGGAAUUUAGUUCUGAGACACCGUAAGUCAAACAACACGGUUGUUAUGUCACGAGGCUGGAGAAGUUUCUGUCAAGUAAACGGGUUAAAAGCUAGAGAUUCCUUCAGGUUUAAACUGGUUAGAACCGGGGCAAAACCUGUUCUCUGUUUGUGCCCUGCAGAAACAAAGCGUGACACAAGAGUAGUAGAGUGUUCAAAAGGUACCGAUGUAGAUUCCCUCUCCACAGAUCCUAGUAGCGGAGAAGAAAGUAGCGAAACCGAGGAAAGUGAAGUUAAGAAGAACAUUAAAGAUAAUGGGAGAGACAACAGUAAUUUUAAGGAGGAUAGUGAAGAGGAGAGCAUUGAAGAAAAUAUAAAGAAAGAGAAGUAUUGCUCAAGACGAGGAGCUUCAUCUUCAUCAAGUCAAAGCCGGUUUGUGACAUUAACAAUUACACCAUACUCUUAUAGAAGCAAUAAGCUGAGACUUCCGCUUCAUUUCACGCGGGUGAAUGGCAUCGAGAAGCCAGGGAAAAUAACUGUUGGGUCAAGACGGAGUAAAUCGGAUGGUGCGUCUUGUAAAAGACCACGAAAACGGAAGAUUGAGACUAGGAAGAGACUGGAAAGGAUUCUCUGAACUUCACAACGUAAAGAUAGGAGAGUCUUUUGUCUUGGAACUCAUUCCGAAGAAAGGUGCAAGUCCUGCGCUUAAGUUCUGUACCAAAGUAAAUUGUGUCUGAGACAUUUUAACAUGUAUGAUUGUUUCACUGUAGACUGUAACUAUUUAAGAAGUACCACUUAUAAUAUAAUGUGAAAAGA